AACGAAUUGAAUUGAAUGCCAUGCAUGUAUAAUAGUCACGUGACUGCCCUGUUUGCAAAUGUAAACAAAUUUAUCGCGGCAUGUCAGCUUGGUUUGCCCCCAAGCAUUUCUCUGUUCUUCCUGUGUAGGCGAUUGGGAUUGUUCCUAGGCAAUAGGGGUUGGUUACUUUUUCGUGAAUUUGGAGGCUGAUUUCGCUUGAGAAAUCUAGCGUGGGGAAUUGAUACCGUACCGUAUUUUGCGGUAAAGAAGAAGAUUUUUCUUCACAAAACUCGAAAUAUGCAGAAGGCAGCGAGAUUAAAAAGGGAAUUGGAGAUGUUGCAACAAAGUCCACCACCAGGAGUUUCGUGCAAUCAGGAUGAAACAAAUAAAGAUCUGUUGCAUGCUCAAAUCAUUGGGAGUGAAGGGACGCCUUACUAUGGUGGAUUAUUUCAAUUACAAGUCACUGUCACCGAUCGUUAUCCAUUCGAACCUCCAAAAGUAAUUUUUCAAACUCCAAUAUAUCAUCCGAACAUUGAUAAUGGAGGACGAAUAUGCCUUGACUCACUGAAAAUGCCACCACAGGGUGCAUGGAAGCCAUCACUUAACAUCUCAUCUCUUCUAAUAACGAUACAAUUAUUAAUGGCAGAACCAAAUCCUGAUGAUCCUCUGAUGACAGAUAUAUCGUCAGAAUUCAAAUGCAAUCGUAAUUUAUUCAAUGAAAAAGCAAAACAAUGGACAAGAAAAUAUGCAAUGCAAAAAAUGCAGAUUCCAACGAGACCUAAAAAUCACAUAAUAAUAUCUAGUGAUGAAGAUAACUCUUUCACAUGCAAGAAAAUUGAAGAUAUAGCGAUGGAAACAGAAAGCGCACAGUGUUCAGGAACUGGCUCUAAUUCUAGAAAAAGAACUUCUUCUGAUACAGAUCAUCAAUCAGUGAGAAAAAAGAGAUGAUUUAUAUUUUCUUCAUUUUAAUGAAUUUUAGAAAAUUUUUGUUCUUUUGGUACUUCUGGGCGGCGUUGAGCGCAUUUGGACCCAUUUUUUAUGCGUUUCCCAUGAGAAGAGUUAUCUCAAUAUAGGUGAAAUUUGGCCCACUCUCCUAAUGCUAAACAUGCAAUUUCAGGCAGUUGGUUUUUAAAGGCACUUACUCUAGCUCAAGUGCUUCAAUUAAAAGUGCUUUGCAAUUAUCCUUGUUGGGGGCCAACAAAUAUGCAUGGCCUUAAUCUCAAAAUUUUCAUUUUAUCCGUUUUGUUCAGAUACGCACAUGCAUGGGACUUUUUGAACAAAUUUAAUUAAAGUGCUUGACAUGCUUUAAUAUGCAAAUUUAUUAUACAAAUUGUAAACUAGAGUCCCUCACAUUCGAUUUAUUGGCCUUAAUUUGUCGAAGUCAAAACUUCAACCUUUUUGCAUGUAAGAUGACAGUAUUGCACGCCAUAAAACAUGUCAACUGUAUUGCACCAUUUUUUUUAUACAAUUUACAUAAUUGCAUGAAGAGUCUGCUAAUAAUUUCAUUUUUUAUUCUCUGUGUCACAGACAUUGAUCAAUGUCUUGGAUAAUCGUUAGUGAAGACUUGUUGUUAAUUUAUCAUUAGUUCUAGGCUGAAUAUAAUCAAGCAUGUGAUUCAUUUACAAAUAGUUGCCUUAGUUUCUAAAGUGUAUGAGCAAAUUACCAUCUUCCCUCUCUGGUUCCGCUGUGGGUACUCUCGUGUCUACCAGGUUAGGGCCAGGCCAUAAUUUUAUUCUGAAUUUCCCUAUUUUAGUUCUAUUACGACUUACGAGUCCGGGAACUGUCUGUGUUAUCCAAGUGAAUAUACCUCCUGCCCAUAGGUUUCAUUCCCUUUACACAACUUGAUGUAAAGUAGACGAACAAAAUUAGGUACCUCCAUAUUGGUACCUACACUUCUGGAGCGCCCCUCUGUGUGGUUAGUUAGAAUUGUAGUCUCAUGCUGUUGCAACCAGCACUUUGUGAUUAUUUAUUGAAGCAAUAAUUGGUUGCAGAAGACUCCGUGUGUCUUUUUUUGUCUUUCAUUUUUAUUGCAUUUCAGUGUUUUCUUAUUAAAUUUUGGUUACUCUCUUGUAUAUGUGUACCAGGUUAGGGUUCUGCCAUAAUUUUAUUCCGGUUUUCCUUAUUUUGGUUUUAUUACGAGUACAGGGACUGUCUGCGUUAGUCAAGUGAAUAUACCCUCUCCCCUUUAGACAACUUUAUGUAAAAUAGGCAAACAAAAAUAGGUAUCUGAACCUUCAUAUUGGUACACACACCUCUGGAGCGUCAAUUUUUGUGAUUGAUGUAGGAAGCCAUGUCCUUUCUGGUAUAAUUCUAAAACAAGGAUAAGUACAACAAUUCUAUCACAUAUAGUCAUUACACGAUUUGUUUCAAAUGAUAUUGAAUUGCCAGGUAUCUUUGAUUAAAAGCGCAAAAUUUCCAAUCCUUCAACCUUGCUCAGAGCAAAUCUUCUUAUAAAAAAACUCUUAAUUAGAUUUACCUUUAUUGAUGAUUUGCUUCAGAUCAAUGAACUAAUAGUAUAAAUGAUUCUCGUUUUUUCUUCUAUUUGUACUAUAAUUGUACAUUUUCAGUUUUAUAAUUCCUCUGUAUUGAACCACUGCCGUUUCGGAACACUGCUUUUCAAUGUGUCUCUGUACUUUUAUGCCUUUUUAGCAUCCUGCCAAUGUUCUUUCUUUUUCCAUAUUUUCGAAAAUAAUAACAUAAAUUUUCACA